GGAACGCGGGAUUUUAAGUGCUCAAUUUUCAUUUUUGGGAGGGGAGGCGGGAUUUUCAAUUUUCGUUUUUGAUUAAGAGUCCUUUGAACUCCUCCACCAAAUGAAGAAAAGAAUAGUCUAGAUCUGGUUAUCAAUUUCCCCUUCCUUUCUAAACCGCUGCGCAGCCGAUGAUUUCUCCAAUCAUCCCUGUAAACUAACACACCCACUGUGAAAUCUCUCUCAAUUCUCUCAAUCCCAAUCUCUCCGCUCUCCAAUCCUGCGACCACCACGACACUUUUAUCAGCGGCUAGACCUGCCACCACGACAAAGGUGAUGAUGGUCUUAGCCGCGAUACUUCCUCUUCCUCCUGCAGAUGCUUUGGCAAGAUUUGCAUGGUGGUUUUGAUUUGCUUCAUCGGUUAAGAGGAUAGCUUGCUAGAGAGAUCUAAUGGAAUCGCCGCCGGGAUCUUCUUCCUCCUCUGCCGUCAAUAAAAAUAGAUAUGCUUUCGUCGCUGUUGCAUCACUCAGGUCCUCCACUUGCAUGCCCUCCUUCUCUGCCUCCUCCCUCGCCACUCACCGGAUCCUGGUAUUUAACUCUAUUUUACCCUCUCAACUGUUGGGUCAAGUGAUUUUGUCGAUGCUUUUGGAGUGGUCUGUUGAUCCAGAUAUUGUGAAUCGUCACAAGCAGGCUAGCAGCAAAGCUAGUUAUUGUUAUUGGCUUGCACAAUGAUUAUAGACUCUAAGAGCCAUUGGGAAAGAGAGAAUGAGAAUUCUGAUCGAGAUAUGAGUAGGAUGGGAGAGCAUAUGCUGAUGGAAGCAAGCUGUUAGAUUGAAUUUGGUUAGUGGUGAAGUUGGUUAAUGCUCAUGAUAAUCAUAUUGCUAGCAGCCUAGCACUAAGGGCAACUUUAUCAGAAUUUUCAACACCAUAGAUGGCACUCGCCGGCAAGAGGUAGCUCUACUGGAUGCGCAGUUAGUCAAAUAUAGUCAUUUAUAAUGAUCAUAGUUUCACCAACGUAUUAGUUCAAUGUAGUCAUUUAUGAUCUUGCUUGUCUGCAGGUACGAAGAGGAGUCGGCAUAGUUAAAAUUUAUGAUCUUUCUAACAAUCAAGUCUUGGAUGCACAAGUUGCAAUACUUUGAAAGUUGAAUUCUCGUUUGCUGCUACGUACAACUCAUAACUCUUGAAUCAUCGUAUUUUUGUUUAGGAGAUGACGAUGUAUGCCCCAAUGCUAAGCAACCUCUAUUUUUUCCACUUAUGGACUCUCAUUUCCCUUCUCUUCGAUCUUAUGUUGUACACUUCAACACUCUGUUGUUCAAAUAUCAUAUCAAUGGAAUAUUG